GAUUUGAUUUUGAAAAUGUCCACUCGAAAAGUGAUCAUCGACGUCGACGUCGGUACGGACGAUGCCUGGGCCUUGUUGCUACUGUUGAAGUGCGAAGAGACGUUCAACUUCAAGCUGGAGGCCAUCACCUGUACACACGGCAACACGGACGUGCACAACGCUACCCGGAACGUUCUGCGCAUCCUGACGGCCAUCGGUCGGACGGAUGUUCCGGUGUACAAGGGAGCUGUAGAACCGCUGAUUACACCUCCGCCGAAGCGCGAGAGACACUUUCACGGAUUGGACGGACUUGGGGAUCUGAAUUUUGAAGAUCCGGACGAGGCGUUAAUUCAACCGGAGCAUGCCGUCAACGAAUUGUACCGGAGAUUGAGCGCUGAUCCGGGAAAUAUAUCGCUGAUUUUCGUAGGACCGCUGACGAAUCUCGCACUGUGUGUGAAGAUGUAUCCGGAUGUGCGUGGAAAGAUCAAGGACCUGUACGUUAUGGGUGGCAAUCGACACGGAGUAGGCAAUGUGACCAAGAGCGCUGAGUUCAAUUUUUGGUUUGACGCGGAAGCAGCAAACAUCGUGUUCAACAAUCUGCAGUGUCCGAUCACGCUACUUCCGUGGGAGACGUGCCUUUCCGAGCAUCGGGAACUGGCGAUGAGCUGGAGGAUGGAUGUCGUGGGGAAGACGACCAACAAGGCCGUGCUGAUGUUGAACCAGGUGGAAAACAAGUGCUACGGUCACCGGGAGAACUGGAUACCGUGCGAUGCGUUCGUCGUGGCCGUUUUUAUCAAACCGGACAUUGUGGUUCACUCGGAACAUUGGCACGUGGAUAUCGAGCUGGCGGGAACGUUGACCAGAGGCCAAGCGGUGUUGGACCACAAGAAGAGGACAAAGGAAAACACGAGGAUCGUUGACAGGAUCGACACGGAGUAUUUUAAGCGCAUGAUGUUGUUCGCGGCCGAUCAUGAUGUUGAAGAUUAGC